CAAACAUGGCGGCGGCCUCGGAAACGUUCAGUGCGCGCCUUUUUCCUGAGGCGCUCCCUGCGCCUCCUCGCGCCCUUAACGCCCCUUCAGUUUGACUCUUUCCGCUUCGCGGAGCUGUUCGAAGUUAGCGACAGCGUGGCGGUGGACCGAAAGAAGCGACAGGCCACUGCCGGGAGUGGGGCGCCGGGAAAAAGAGGGGAGCGCGGAUGAAGCUGAGGGAGGAGGAGGGGGACUAGCAACUUUCCCCUCAGGGAGGGAAGCCUGCGGGGGUCUUGGGUGGGGCCUUGUUAGAGAGAGAGAAAAAAGGGGGGAUAUGGAUAUGGACGAAGAGCCGAGAGUUGUGAGGGAGGCAAAGGAGGAGGCGGCCCCAGACCAAGGGGGCUCGAGUGGCCCCUCGGGGCUCGUGGGAAAUGAGGGGGCGGCAGCGUUCGGGGGGUCCCCAAGAGCCAGGAAAGGUGACACGAGUGAGGGGGAUGAGGUAGAGGCUGGGGCGGCCGAGGGGGCCUCGUCCACGCUGGGGAGUGAGGGUGAACAGGGCGCCCCAGAAAACGGGAUCCCAGAGGAGGGGACCCAGAUCCCCGGUGGAUCAGGGCCCCCCGAGCUGAACUCCUGGAUCCAGAGGACGUUUGACGAAGUGCUCGCCACCUCCCACCUCAGGCUUUCCCUGAGGGACCCCCCGCCCGUGACGGUGCUGCUGCUGGAAAGAUACUUGGCGGAGACCCCAAUCUCCAGCCCAGCCUCCAAAACCCCAGCCGGUGGCCCUCCCUGCCCCACGCCGGCCUCGGCCUGCUCCUCCUACUCCUAUGAUGUGACCCUCACGGAUGGCAUUUAUCAGGAGAAAUGCCACCUAGCCCCCGAGUUGAACCGCCUAGUCCAAAAAAAUGCCCUUCGCUGCAGCUUGCAGGUGAAGGUCACCCAGUGUUCCUACAUAUAUAAUGAAAAGAAGCUUUGCUACGGGUUCCUCUGCCUUGAGCAACUGGAAAUCCUGGGUCCUCUCCAAGAUUUAGGGGUUGCUCUCCGAGAAUGGAGAGAAUAUAACAAAAAGCCCACCACAGCACCACUAAAGGGACGCAGACAGCAUUAUCUCCCUCUUUGGAAUAAUGAGGAUCCCUAUGGGGACAUGUGGGUGCAGACACCGUUACCACAAGAGGUGUGUGUCGAUGAAUCCAAAUUAAUUUCACUUUUUCACUUGGACAUGAGCUGGAGGACCAAAACCAACUUCCCACCCUUGCUUGUUAGAAUAAUGCACAAGGCAAGAUUGCGAUACUAUGGGAAACCUGACACAAAACUAAAUGUACCAUAUCAGGCCUAUUUUGAAGUGGCUGAUCGUUCUGGUAUGAUGUCAAUGGUUCUUUGGAACUCUUUAUGCCCUGAGUGGUAUAAGAGUAUGAAGAUUGGCACAGUGCUGCUCCUUGAACAAUAUGCUGUUAAAACAAGUUACCCUUUUAAAACACAGCCAGCUCCUGGAGAUUUGCAUAUGAAGAGGUUCUGCUCAAUAGAAAUCACUUUGAAUGUUCGAGACCCUCCAACUAAAAUAACCAUCAUUCCAGAAAAUAAAGUUAAAGCAGAUUGGAAGUUACCUGAAGUUAAAUAUCGGUUUAUAACAAGAUCAGAAUUAGAUAGCUUACCAGAUGGUUAUUCCUGUGAUAUUAUUGGACUGGUACAAUAUGUAGGAAGGACUGAACGCACCAGAAAAAGGGACCAUGGGGAUGAUUUUUGGAUCCAUCGCUGGGUGCAUGUUCUUGAUGGGACCUCGGACCAGCCUUUCAUAUUGGAAUUGUUUGCUACCUCUCAGCCAGAGAUAUUUGAACAAAUUCAUCCAAUGACAUAUUUGGUAUGUACACAGUUGAGAGUGAUACGAGAUACUGCUGAGAAUGGUUCCUCUACAGUUUAUCUGACGACAUCUAAUGAAAGUCAGAUGUUUAUUACAGGGUGGCACAAAGGACAGCCAUACACAAAAGACAGCAAAGUGAAAAGGUUUAUCCAGUGGAUUAAAACUCAGAAGGAAGCUUCAUGUCAGGAGAAGGCCACUAUGGGAGGAUAUUAUCCUUUCCCUCCAGUUCCAGACACAUUUUUGAAGUACUGUAAAAAAAUUAAAGUUGAAUCGAUUUUGACAACCAUCAAUGAAAUGGAGAAGGAGAUUGAAAGCCUGCACUACAGGGAGCACAAGCGCAUUGCUUUUCAGGGGAUAAUUAGUGCUAUAAGAUAUGUCAGCUGUAGCAGUACAUCUCAAGAUGCCUCAGGAGGGGAACUAACGCAGAUGGACAGAUCAUCAGAGUUACAGACUAGUGUGGAAGAAAAUGACCCCAUUAAAGUGAGAAGUAGAAAGUAUCGGCAAGCCAGAGAAGCAACUUCAGUGCAAAAGUCACCGUCCUCUGUGCAGCAGCAACACAGAGAGACCAGAAGAGGUCAUGCAAAGAGAAAGAUUGCAGAUGUGGAGACAAGAAGCACUCCUCUGAUACCUUCUCAACGUUUAUACUUCACAAGAUCAGCAGGCAAGAAAAUAUUUUUUUGUAGGUUGCAUAAUCCUUUGCAAGAAAACCCAUGUACAAGAAAAGAAAGCCAAGAUGUGGAGGAAGCAGCACAGCUACAUACAAGUAACAAAAAAACAGCUGAUGUGUCUGAAAGAGUUCAGGCAGAGAGGAUGUGCCAUAAUUCCUGGGAAAGCGAUCUCUGGGCAGCAGUAAAAGACAAUUUAACACAACAUUUGAACUACAGCAGCAUUUUCCCAGAAAGCUUUCCUUCUAAAUUUAAUUACAUACACAAAGAAUUCCUUAUGCAACAAUGCAAUCUUCAGGCAGCCAGAUGCAAACCAGCAGACCGUGUUAUGAAUGGAGAAGUGAAUAACUUUGAAAAUGCCUGUCCUCUUGAAUACUAUGAAGUGGCUAUUCUCGGCAUAAAUCAUGACAUAGCCAUAGAUGUUGCAUUCCUGUCUAUGUGCUGUCCUGAAGAUUCCCAUUUAUUUCGAGCGGGCCUACCAAGUUGUGGAGCGCUUUCUCAUCCUAGUGGCAACUCGGAUCCCCAGAAGAGCACUGGCAAGGAAGGGCAUUCUGAGGUAUUUUCACUUUCAGAAGAUGAAGUUGUUAAAGCAGCUGCUAACCUGGAGAAACAGCAUGUCAUCUGUAUCCUGGAUAUAUGCUCAUUGAGUGAAGAUAAAAAUGAAGUUUUUCUUAACAAAGUGUAUAAAAUAACAGAUGCUGAUGUAACAAAGCAAAUAUAGUGUAUCAAAGACAAGCCAUUUGUUUUGUUAAACGUAACAGCAUUCUGUCCUGCCAUUGUUCCAAAAGAGAGAGAAUUUGGAUAUUUAGUAAUAAUGUUGUAAAAGAAGGUUUCUGAGAGCACACUUCUGUAUGGGAAUACAUUGGGGCGUGUUCCGCCCCAAUAUUACUCUUUGCAUGUUGGGUUCUCCUGGUAUUGCUCCUCAACCUUUAUUGUUAAGGUCAAAGUGGCAAAUAUUUCCAUUUAAAUGCUUAAAUCCUGCUCCAUGUUGUUGGAAAGGAAACCCUGUGAGUGGAUGGAAUUGAAAUUUGGCUUUUACCUUUUGAUACCUGAUUGCUAGGCAUCUACUUCUUGUUGGUUUCCCAACCUUGAUCAUAGUGAAUAAUCUAAAUAAAGGAAGCUAUUUUUUCUGCAUCUAUAACUAAGGUAAAGCAUAGGCUUGUCAGAAAGUUCCAUUAUUUCAUUCACUAACAACACAGGAAAAAAGUGGAUAGGGAGAGCUACUUCUGUCCCAAGGUGAUUACUUAUCCCUCCCCACAGGCAAAGGCACUACCUUGAGAGGAUUGUGCCUUUGGUCUUCUCCAGCACUUAAUGUUUGCUGUGCCAAAUCAUGAUUAUAUGGUCAGGCGGUGUGCUUGUUUGUUAAUCUUGCUGUGUCCCAAGAUGGUGAAGUUGGAACAGAACAUCGUUCCUUGAGAAAGCAUAUUUUGGGUUCAUGUAAAAAUGGAUCUAAAAUGGAGCUGCCAUUGAUACAGAACUGGUAAUUUGAGGGUGUGAAAGAUCCCCACAUCUGCUUUGAGAAGGGGCCUCAAACAGGUGCGAUGCAAUAGGGUUGAAUAUGUGUAACAGAGUUGGAAAAGAGUGAGUGCACAUUUUAAUUUAGCCUAAUUAUUGGCUCUGAGUAGUCUUUUUGCAUCUUUUGUUGCAGUACACUAUUGAUAUGAAAAUAAUUUAUUGAUAUUUUGUUGUGUUUUUUUUGAUAUUGUAAAUAUUCAGAAUUGUACAUUUUCGGUAAUGUGAUAUUUUGGAAUGUGUAGAGGUUUUUUCGCCCUGUACUUUAA